UCACCCGAGCGAAGUUUCAGUAGACCCUAACCCUCUCUCCUCUCUGUUAAAAACUCUACCUCCGACCACCGCACGCCCGCCGCCGACCAGCCACCGCCGCCAUUCACCCUUAGUUUUCGACGAACCACCGCUUUUCUUCUCCUGCUCUCUCUCUCUCUCUCUCUCUCUCCAUUUUCGCCGUUGCAGGACAGCCCAGCCACCUACAGAGAAAGACAGCCACACAUCCCAUGACGAGUGAAGUGGAUCUGUGGAGACUAACAAAAUUACACCAGUCUGUGGCGAUUAACCUGGUUGAAGUCACUAAACACAGAUAUGGUUUUUUCUUGUUUUUUAUUUAUUUUUGGUUUUUGGGCUGUUUGGUUGCUGAGGAAGUGUGGGAAAACGAUCGGUAGUGUGACCCACAGAUCUUUAGUUUGUUUUUUGUUCUCUGUACUGUUGGUUGGGUUGGAGAAAUUUUGGCAAAUGUUGCUAGGUCUGUUGAACAUAAUUUGUCACUCCAACUUAUGUAAGAAUGGAGUUUGUUAGUCCUAAUAUGGUAUAAAACAUUGAUGCAGCACAUCCUCCAAAUAAUUUUGUUCUUAGCAAUUGGAGGGCAGGAAAUCCACCUUUGAAACCCUAAUUCACCAACCCCAAAAACCCUAGUGCCCAUGGCAUCAAAGAAGAAGCAAUUUGAAGGUAUUGCUAUGUUGUCCAUGUACAACGACGAAGAAGAAGAAGAAGAUGAAGGCAUGGAAGAUGUCAAAGAACAAGAAGAAGAAGAAGAAGAUGAAAAAAUAGAGCGGCAAGAAGCAGAGAGAGAGCAACAAGAUGACUAUUACAUGGAUUCAAGAAUGGCAGAACAGGAUGAUUCGUUGGCCAAAAGCGGAGAUAGACUUGGUGGUGAUGCUGCUAAUGAUGACUCGCCGCCGAUUGCCAGUGAAAAUACAACACCGCAGCCUCAAGUUACGGCAGUGUCACCGCAGCAAGAGGCAGUAGCAGCGUCAGAGAGUGUGAAGAUGAGUGGGAGACGGAAUCUUACGAUCGUAGACUAUGGUCAUGAUGAAGUUGCUAUGUCUCCUGAGCCUGAGGACGGAGAAAUAGAAGGAAGUGGUCGGAUCAUGUUUGAAUCAGAGCUUCAAACUGCGAAUGGUCAUUUCCAAGAGAAAACAACUCCUGGAACUGUUCAGGCUUUAACACCUAGCAAUCCAGUAACUCCUCUAUCAUCUGAUCCGUCACGAUAUGAUACAAUGAACUACGCUAUGCAUGAAUCAGAGGGAGCACAGGUUGAGGAAGCUGUUAUGGAACAGGAAAAAGAAAUUGAUCCAUUAGACACGUUUCUCCCCCCACCACCAAAAGCAAAGUGCUCGGAGGAGCUACAAAGGAAAAUAAAUAAGUUCCUUGAUUACAAGAAAUAUGGAAAAAGCUUCAAUGCAGAAGUACGGAAUAGGAAAGAUUACAGGAACCCUGACUUCUUGCUGCAUGCAGUGAGGUAUCAAGAUAUCGAUCAAAUAGGGUCUUGCUUCAGUAAGGAUGUAUUUGACCCUCAUGGAUAUGACAAAAGCGACUACUAUGACGAAAUAGAAACUGAUAUGAGGCGUGAGGAACUAGAAAAGAAGAAGAAUAAUAAGGUUGACUUUGUUUCUGGAGGAACACAAUCUGGAACGGUUGCUCCUACACCAAAAGUUAAUAUGCCUAUUCCAGCAGCUGCUACUGGUUUGCUAUCCAUGCCACCUGCAGCUGAUCCCACUACUAGGGAUGGUAGACAGAACAAGAAAUCUAAGUGGGAUAAGGUGGAUGGGGAUCGAAGAAAUUCUGUGUCCUCUGGGGGCCAGGAUUCUAUAUCGGCAGCUGGAGCUCAUGCAGCACCCUUAUCUGCUACUAAUGCUGGCACAGGGUACAUGGCUUUUGCCAAAGACGGCGAGAAGCAGAAGAAAAAAAAUCUAGUGAAAGGAAGGUGGAGAGAAGAUCUUGAGGCACUACUCACCAGUGAAUUAUCAUACACCAUUUUGAAAUGGAUAAAUCCAUCAUACAACAUCUUAAAGGCCAUGUUAUGGCCCUUGUAUCUUUUUUACACAUAGGUCCUUUAUACGGCAAGAAUGAAAAUGUAUUUUUGUCUCAUUAGUUCCCCGGCCCCCCGUUUAUAUGAUCUUAGGUUUAAUUUUAUCUUUUCUCCUAUUGCAGUGAAUUAGUAUUUCCUAUCCUGACGGGUUCAUUUAUGUAUAUCCUUUUUAGCCUGUCAGCUAACAGAAAAUAGAACAAUUUUGACCU